ACCAACUUGACCAUCACCUUGUCUUCCCUAGCUACUUGAUCUUACUACAGACAAGCAGCUGCAAUGUCGACGGUCAUCUCUUGCUCCCUCCUGAGCGGCCGUCCGGCGGCCGCACCAUCGCUCUCCUCCGGCAAUCGGUUUCCACCGACGACGGGGAAGGCUACCGCGGUCGCUCUCCCUUGUUUCCAGCGGCAGUCCAGGCCUUCCUCCGUGUGCUGUGCAAGCAACCCAAAAGGGGAUCAGCACGUACCAAAGACGGAUUUGCCGCCGUUCGGCAUCUCCCCCGUCGCUCUGCUGCACCCCGGGUCGCCGCAGGGGGAGCGGUGGGGGAUACAGGAGAGGGCCGACACCGUGAGCAUGUGGUUCGAGGUGCCGGGCCUGUCCAAGGAGGACCUCGUCGUGGAGCUGGACGAGGACGUGCUCGUCAUACGGAAGAUGAAGACCAAGGCGGAGAUAGAGGCUGCGAGGGCAGACGCUAUCGCCAGCGGGAUAUCCAAGGACGCGGCCGGAGCGGCAGCGCACGACGGUGACAUGUACGCGCGGCUACUCGUCCCGGCGGGCUACAACAAGGAGACCAUCAAGGCGGAGCUCGCCUCCGGCGUUCUGAAGGUUCACAUUCGUAAAGUCAUGGAGUGCGCACGCAGGAGGAUCAAUGUCAACAUCGACGUCAAGUAGAACUACUGCUUGCAUAAUGCAGCAUACGCAUGGACAUCUCUACGUACGUUGACGUCCAUUGCAUCGAGGGAGAAAUUGUCCAAGAGACCCAUGAAAUACGUCUUCAUAUGUACUUUUGUUCCUACUUAAACAAGGUCAAGUAUUAUGCAUGUAUCAUGUAUCACUUGUUUUCCAACCAUGAAUACAAUUAUUGAUCAAACUGAA